GACUUGUAGUUCUGGCGCGUUAUCUGCGUAUCACGUCAAAGGAUCAAAAAAAAAAAGUACGCGGAGAAACGAAGACGAACGCUGAAACACUUCAGGAUCCGGAUUCUUCGACGACGUUAUCCACUCCGUCGACGUCUUCAUUCGGUGAUCUGGAGCAGCGAGUGUACCCUGGUCGCCGUCCACCAUGAGCGCCAGCAAGGUGCAAAAGCAGGACGUGCUGCAGGCCGUGGUUGUGGCCAGCUUCUUCCACAARAAUUUUUGGCCAGCCGCAGACGGGGACAGCGCGUGCCUGAUGCCGCUCGUCAACCGGCCGCUGCUCCACUACACGCUGGACAUGCUCGAGUCUUCGGGUAUCGUGGACGUUAUCGUGUUCUGCUCCAGUGGAAGUGCAGACCGCAUCAAAGCCUCCGUACAGCGCGCGGCCGGCGCUCAGCGGCUGAACGUCGUCUAUACCACUUCGGACACCUGUCGGUCGUUUGGCGACGUGCUCCGACACUUGGACGCGUGUGCGCUUAUCCGAAACGACUUCGUGCUGCUGUGGGGCAACGUCGUGGGCCAGCUGCCACUCUUGCCACUCGUMAAACGUUUCAAGAGCCUGCGACAAAGUAGUGACAGAGGUGCCGUCAUGACCAUUGUUUACCAACAGUCCGGUGACCCGAACACUUCCUCGGCCGCGGACCAGACGAUCGUGUUGGCUGCCGACACGGGCAGGGUACUGUUUCACAACAGGGCCCGAGGUAAGAUCAGCCUGCCACUGGAGCUGGUGCUCGACAGCACGGUGAACAUCAGGCGUGACCUGAUCGACACGAACGUGGUCAUCUGUUCGACGGCCGUUCCGCCGCUGUUCGCCGACAAUUUUGAYUUUCAGACCAAGGAUGAUUUCGUCAAGGGGUUGCUCAUCAACGAGGAGAUAUUGAACAGCACACUUUAUGCUCAUGUAGUGGACGGCGAUGGAUACGCCGGCGAGGUAUUUGACUGGCCGUCGUACCAACGGGUCACCCGGGACGUGUUGCACCGGUGGACUUACCCUCAGGUUCCGGAAGUGGUUGACAAAUACAGUCUCAGGUACGGAAACGUCUAUAUAGGUGAAAACUUGAAGCUAGCUCUGACCUGUAACUUGGGUAACAACACAGUCGUGGGAUCUGACUCGAGAUUUGGUAGCGGUACUCACAUAUCCAACACGGUCAUUGGAAAAAAUUGUACAAUCGGCAAUAAUGUCACUAUAGAAAACUCUUACCUUUUUAAUGGUGUCACCGUCAACGACAGAUCCGUCAUAAGUUUCUCGGUCAUUGGAGAAAAUUGUACAAUCAAAGAGAGCAGCAACAUCUCAGACAGCUGUAUUCUUGGCAGUGGAGUCGUGAUCGAACCAAACACAAAUUUGAAGCUAAUGCGCAUACUCAGUUCUGACUUAACUAACAAGUMAAAAAAGUUAAGUGCUAAAGCGUAUGCUUACGAUACAGAAAACGAUUCUGAUUCCGAUGACGAUCAAGAUGUGAGAGGCCUGACCUUUCGSAAAAGAACUUGGUCAAACAAUAGUUGCUCUUCGUCAGACAACGAUGACACUGCAUCAGUUGCAGCAUCCAUUCCUGAUGACACGUGUAUGUUCUACUCCGAGGUCGUGGAUUCGUUGAUCAGAGGUUUUGAAGAUCACGUGCACUGUGAUAACCUAAUACUAGAAAUUAAUUCAUCACGGUACGCAUACAAUAUCAAUUAUAGAGAAGCCAACUUUCAGGUGAUUCGAGCAAUGUUGACGCUGAACACCAAAGCCGAGCUUGAGGCUCUAAAUCAAGUACGGUAUUAUGCACAAUUGCAGUCUAAGUUAGACUACUUUUUGCCAGUAUUGAAGAAUUACAUCAAAACUAUGGAUUCAUGUGAAGACUGCCUGUCUGCAAUCGAAGACAUUGCCAAAGGUGAAGAGAUGCUCAACACAGUUAUAGUCAAAGUAAUACAUCAUUUGUAUAACAUGAACAUACUGAGCGAAGAAUCAAUUCUUAAGUKGCAUGAAAAGGAAGAGGACACUCAGUUUGCUAGAAACAUAAGAGAAAAAGCAAACAAACUAAUUGAAUGGUUAAAAGACGCAGAAGAAGAAACAGAUUCUGAUGAAGAUGAUAGUUCGUAAUAUUGUUUAUAAAACAUUUGUUUAACAUGGCAUACACAUAAAUAUAUGUAUAUUUACAAAAAUAAA